AUGACUGCUGUUGGAGGUGGGAAAGGUGGUGUUUUUUUUUUGUACGGUUACGAUGGUACAGGUAAGACAUAUCUGUGGAAAACUUUAGCUGCUUCCAUAAGAUGCAAUGGAGAUAUUGUUGUUAUUGUUGCUUCAAGCGGGAUUGCAUCAUUGUUGUUGUCACGAGGCCGUACCGCCCAUUCAAGAUUUCAUAUUCCGAUUAAUCUUAAUGAAGAUUCUGUUUGUCAUAUCAAGCCUAAUUCUGAAAUCGCUAAUCUUCUAAACGAAGCCAAGUUGAUUAUUUGGGAUGAAGCACCGAUGGUACACAAACAUGCUUUUGAGGCUCUUGAUCGUACAUUGAAAGAUGUUUUGAGUGUCUCUAAUUCACGUAAUUUUGAACUUCCCUUUGGUGGAAAGACUAUUGUUUUUGGUGGUGACUUUAGGCAAAUAUUACCGGUUGUACAAAAUGGAAGCAGGCAAGACAUCGUACACGCCUCUUUAUGUUCAUCUUACAUUUGGUCGACUUGCAAGGUUUUAAAAUUGACCCGUAACAUGCGUUUAUCUGUUGGAAGUAGUAGUUCAAACAUUGAUGAGAUAAACGAUUUUGCUAAAUGGCUACUUGAAAUUGGUGAAGGCAAUCUCGGUGAUGGUAACGAUGGCGAGUCAACUAUAGAAAUACCAAAUGAUCUUUUAAUAACUGAUUCAACUGAUCCAAUUCAAAGCUUGAUUGACUUUGUAUAUCCGUCAGUUCUUCACCGUUUUAAAGAUCGUGACUACUUUUCAGAAAGAGCCAUACUUGCUCCUAAAAAUGAAGUUGUACAUGGUAUCAAUGAUCGUUUGCUUGCAUUAUUUCCCGGUGAAGAAGUAGAGUAUCUUAGCUCAGAUAGUCUAUGCCCAACUGAGGAAAUUAAUGAUCCAUUACACCAAGAUUUGUAUAAUCCUGAUGUGUUAAAUAGUGUCAUUAUUUCUGGAUUACCCAAUCAUAGAUUGGUGUUAAAGUUGGGUGUUCCAGUCAUGCUUUUGAGGAACAUUGAUCAACAAAAUGGUUUAUGCAAUGGUACGCGUCUUCAGAUUACACGUCUUCGUAAACGUGUUAUCGAGGCUGAGAUACUAUCGGGAGAUAUGGAUCAAAAGAGAAGUAGUUGUUCUUUCUUGAAGUUAGUCGAUGCUCAUCAUCCUACAAAAGUGCUUAUGGCGGACAAAUUCUGGGGACAGUUUUAUGGCAGCAGUUAUAAAGGUGGAUCAACAACUCUUUAUCUCGGUGAGAGGUUUUGGAAUGUGAAGAUGGAAGCGUUGUCCGACAAAUGUGCUUUCACUGAUGGAUGGUCUAAGUUGAUUAGGGAUCUUGAAUUAGAUUCCCGGACUACUUUUAUUUUUACAAUGGCUGGAUAUGAGACUUUUGAGUUGUCCGUUUUUAAUCAUGAAACGGGUACUCAAAUGUAUUUCAAGAAGGUUGACGUUGUUGUGUUGGAUGAUCCUAUUUACCGAGAUGAUGGAUUUGAUUUACUCCUUGCGGUUAGUGUUAUUAUGCUUACAAUAUAUUUUUUCAUAAUAUCAAGUAAUUAG